AUGUCCAAGGUCGAUGUUGAUCUGAGAGAUCUCUUAGCCAAGGUGUUGCCCACCGAUGUGAAGGUCACCAUUCGCCAUCUCUCAUCAACUCCUACGGCGAGCGUCGCUCUAUUUGCCCCCUCGCCCGGAGAAGAACCCGAGCCCACCUUCUGCGAAAACCACUUUCUUUCGACCUCCAUCACCCCGGCUGACAAGGAUGAUGCCGAGAUUAUCGUGUUCGGCGUUGAAGUGCUUGUUUACACUACAACACACUUGACCACGAUCUUCGUCUCCAAGGCCGACUCGACGGGCCACCUGCAUCUACUGAAGGCUGCACCCAAGGGCUCGCUUCUCAGGCGAAUUUCUAGUACAUUUCUUUCCUUUCUGGUGGAUACUCACCAGAGGCCCGCGGUUCGGCUGGUUGUCUCUCUAUUCGCCCGGUCUCAGAGCCAGUACUUAUUUCCCGGGAGUAUCGAGAACCCCGAAAAACAUGUCCUUGACGAUCGUGGGCUGAUCAAGUGGUGGUGUCGCUCUAUCGACCCUAUCUUACGGGAGUAUGAGCCUGAGUCCGAUUCUCAUGAAAAGGGUCUUGAAGAAUCAGCACAGAGCUCGGCCACAGCGUAUCUCAUUGUCCCUGGGUGCGACAAAUUCGAAACUCGGGGUUUCUUUCCCAACACAGCCAAAACAGACCAUAAGGAUCGUCCACGAUGGCUGAAUAGCUAUCCUCUCCACCAGUUGUGUAGUAAUCCUAGUGCGCCGCCGCGCUGUCUGGUUCCUCGUCUACCUGAUGACCCCAAGACGCGCUUCCUUCUUGAUUUGGAUGAUGAGCUGCCUGGGUCGUCGAUGGAUAGCGCCGGCGAGAACGCUGGUCAGUGGAGGAGUGUGAAAUCCCUGGAUCAGUUCUGGGAAAUGAUGUCCUUCCGACAAGAAUGUUCCGCGGGGCGACUCGUCGGUUUCCUUUGGCUUGUGGUCAAUCCUCCAGGUAUUGUAAAUUCGAAUCCGAUGCAGACGUCUCGAUCCGUCUCCACGGAGGUCAAGGAGCCUCGGAAAACGGAUGCGACUACAUCCAACGAGCCAACUCAAGUAUCUGCUUCUCCGUCCAUAGAAUUACCUGCCACCUCGGAUGAGUUACCCAAGCAGCAGCAACCCUCAGAGAUUCCGAAGGACCCCAAGGUCGACCCCAGUUCACAGCCAAAGGAUCCGACCAGAGUCCAGCCCACAACCGCCGGGACUGCCUUUUACUGGCCACAAGCAGGAAGAGGACAUGCAGUGCUGAGCGAGGAGGAUUACAAAGUUGCAAUUAAUUUUCUUCUCCGGCAAGACUUCUUCAACGAGGAGGUCUCUUUUGCAAGCACCAAGGCGUUCAACGAAAAAGUUGCGUCACUUGCCGACCAACUCUGGGUAGGCCAACAGGUGACCGGAAAAAGCACGGAUGGAGAGUUUACAGGUUCGAUGCAAGCGCCCAAUACGGUUGUUCCUACGCUGUUGGUUCGGAAACGAAAGAAGAACGAGGGAGAAAGCGAACAAACAACACUGACGACCACGACCACUGACAAGGACCCGAUAACCCCAACAGAGUCGACAAAGUCCGCAGCAGAGUCAUCACAGGCUUCCGGAGUCAAUGUUCUGCAAGCGAAUCUGAUCCGAAAGAAGAAGAAAACUUGA